GAUCAAUGGACACAAAGCUAUAUAAGGAGCUCACCCUGUGAACUGUGAACCAACUCUAAUGUGAACUGAUAGACUGAUGCACGAACUCCCGCGAUCUCUUACUUAAUACCCAGCAAUGGUUCCUAAAAUGGUUUCCAUCAAUCAUGGACUUUUGGAGAAAACAGUUGUACUUUUCUCCAUCUGCAUAUUAUUCUAUUCAACACAUGGAGAUAGCAAGCCACUGGGAAAAAGAGCUAUCAAUGAAGUCCAGUUUAUGCACAACCUCGGGGUGCAUAAACAUGUGGAACUGAGGCAAGACUGGCUUCAGAUGAAACUUCGGGAAAUCCACACGGCCUCAGAGAAGAAAAACGAAGAGAAAACAGGACUUCUUCCAGAUAUUAUUCCCAAUCUGAAGCAUCUAAAUCCAAGGGAAGCAGAGGAUAUCAUUGCAGUUUUGGAAAAACUUAUGAAUCCGUCGUAGAAACACAAUUCACGUGAACUCAGGGACUGAAGUCAAGCCAUUCUUUUCAGCCUUAAUUCUAUUAACAAUAUUUAUUUUUUUUCUAUACAAAAUUUAUUUAUAUUUUUAUGUUGUUUCCAUCAUUUUUAGCGGCUAAGCCGUGACAGCUCAAAGCUUUUUUAUGUAUUUAUUCGUUAUUUGAUCGUAACAUAGGCUAGAUCUAUUAACUGAACCCAGAAAAAAGUAAACGAGCAGUCGGACCAAAUAUUUGUUAAUUUUUUUUAAGACAAAAACUGUUAAAAAUGUCUUAAAUUUAUGAUGACAAUGAAAAAUAAAGAUUAAAAAAACUGUUCACUGUUGUGUUAAAUGUCUUACAUCGCGCACUUUAGUUUUAGGCUUGGUUAUUUAGGCAUAAAUUGAUCCUGCCCUUUAAAUUGAUUUAUACUUCCACUUUUUUUUUUUUGUAUUACUUAUGUAAUCAUUUUAAG